UGACAGAGAAUGUAUUAUAUAUUGAGAUGUAUAAAUCUACAUUGUCUGCUAAAGUGAGCACCAAAUGUGAAAAUUUAUUAAAUUUGUACUUUUAAGGAACUUAAAUAUAAAUUACUUCGUGACCUACGUUGAAUAAUGGCAUUGGUAAAUUAUGAUAGCAGUUGUUCAUCUGACGAGAGUAUUGAUGAUUGCCACAAAACAUCGAAUCAGAUAGAAGAAAUCUCAGGACCUAAAUCAAAGAUAGCUAGAUUGACCCCGGAUGUCGAACUAAAGAAAACUUUACCUUGCGCACUGUCCUUGUUAGGUGCAAAGCCUGCAAACUCUGUGCCAAACGAAACACAUUUAGAUAUUCCAGAAAAACACAAUGGACGCAUACGUAGUUUCAAACAUGAACGUGGGAAUUGGGCGACCUAUGUGCAUAUACCAGUGCGGUCCGAAAUGUUGGAAGAUAUACAGGAAGUAAGUCAAGAUGUAUUARCUGAUGUAAUAAAAGAUUUACAUGCAAUAGAAGAUCUACAUAUAAGCUUAAGUCGGACGGUUGUGCUACAACAUCAUCACAUCGAUUCAUUCGUCGAGUCGCUAAGAACAACUUUAGAAAUUAAUGCCAGAUUUUCUAUCAGUUUGCGGCGCUUACACUUUUAUACCAACGCUGAACGUACACGUACGUUUAUUGCACUUAAAGUUGAUAAUAUGCACUACGAUAAAGUUCAUAAGCUAAUGGAGAAAGUGGAUGUUGUAAUGACAGAAUACAGACUUCAACGCUUCUAUGAAGAACCGUCAUUUCAUAUUAGCUUUUUGUGGUGUCUUGGCGAUAAAGUCUCUGUGCUAAAUGAAUACUUGGAUACUCUAGAGUCUGCUAUAAAUGUGGUGUUGGGUGAAAGCAAUGCAUUCAGUUUAUUUGUUAAAGAAAUCAAUUGCAAAAGUGGUAAUAAGGAGUUCAUUUUUAAACUUAAGUGAAAGCGCACGUUCAUAGCGUCGUCCAAGUGGUGUUUUAGACCACCAGUUGUCAAAGGCUUCUUCCUCUUCGCGGUAAACUGGAUCACGCAUACUGAAAAAUGCAAGUUCUUUUAAAAAUGUAAUUUUUUAAUUAUUUACGCAUCUA